CCAGUAGUGAGCAGCCCAUGCUGGAGGCACACUGUGACACCCAGGUCGUGUUGAUCACUUUCUGGUAACCCCGCCCCUUUAUCAGGAGCUCUCAGCCAAUAAGCUUGUUUGCAGUGGGCGGGGUUUAAUGUUCUUGUCCCGCUGACACCGGAAGCUGUCACCAGUCCAGCCGUCAGUGCGCCCGUCUCCUUGGCACCAGGCUCUUCCUUGCCCUUAAUGGGCAACAGAGUGACAACAACAACAGCAACAUGUCGGCCUCGCUAGUGAGAGCGACCAUUAGGGCGGUCAGCAAGAGGAAGCUGCAGCCCACCCGGGCCGCCCUCACCUUGGUGAGUCCGAGCGCAGUGACUGGAGGCCCAGGCGGCUUAUCUGUUAUCUGUGUAUAGCGGGGUGUCUGCUAUCAUGGGACAGCCCGGGACAGCCCGAGUCUGACUGGCUCAUUGACGGCAGCAUUAACACAGCGCUGACAUGCGUAAUCCGUGUGUGUGUGUAUCAUUGUGCGAUAGAGACUCGGUCACAGUGUGUGUGUGUAUCAUUGUGCGAUAGAGACUCGGUCACAGUGUGUGUAUGUAUCAUUGUGCGAUAGAGACUCGGUCACAGUGUGUGUAUGUCUCAUUGUGCGAUAGAGACUCGGUCACAGUGUGUGUAUGUAUCAUUGUGCGAUAGAGAAUCGGUCACAGUAUGUGUGUAUGUAUCAUUGUGCGAUAGAGACUCGGUCACAGUGUGUGUGUAUCAUUGUGCGAUAGAGACUCGGUCACAGUGUGUAUGUAUCAUUGUGCGAUAGAGACUCGGUCACAGUGUGUGUGUAUCAUUGUGCGAUAGAGACUCGGUCACAGUGUGUGUAUGUAUCAUUGUGCGAUAGAGACUCGGUCACAGUGUGUGUGUAUGUAUCAUUGUGCGAUAGAGACUCGGUCACAGUGUGUGUGUAUCAUUGUGCGAUAGAGACUCGGUCACAGUGUGUGUGUGUAUGUAUCAUUGUGCAAUAGAGAAUCGGUCACAGUAUGUGUGUAUGUAUCAUUGUGCGAUAGAGACUCGGUCACAGUGUGUGUAUGUAUCAUUGUGCGAUAGAGACUCGGUCACAGUGUGUGUAUGUAUCAUUGUGCGAUAGACUCGGUCACAGUGUGUGUAUGUAUCAUUGUGCGAUAGAGACUCGGUCACUGUGUGUGUGUGUGUGUAUCAUUGUGCGAUAGAGACUCGGUCACAGUUUGUGUAUGUAUCAUUGUGCGAUAGAGACUCGGUCACAGUGUGUGUAUACCACAGCGAGACUCGGGUCACAGUGUAUACAUUAGCUUGUGCGAGCAGGAGACCGUCACAGUGUGUGUGUAUCAUUGUGCGAUAGAGACUCGGUCACAGUGUGUGUAUGUAUCAUUGUGCGAUAGAGACUCGGUCACACUGUGUGUAUGUAUCAUUGUGCGAUAGAGACUCGGUCACAGUGUGUGUAUGUAUCAUUGUGCGAUAGAGACUCGGUCACACUGUGUGUAUGUAUCAUUGUGCGAUAGAGAAUCGGUCACAGUGUGUGUAUGUAUCAUUGUGCGAUAGAGACUCGGUCACACUGUGUGUAUGUAUCAUUGUGCGAUAGAGACUCGGUCACACUGUGUGUAUGUAUCAUUGUGCGAUAGAGACUCGGUCACAGUGUGUGUAUGUAUCAUUGUGCGAUAGAGACUCGGUCACACUGUGUGUAUGUAUCAUUGUGCGAUAGAGAAUCGGUCACAGUGUGUGUAUGUAUCAUUGUGCGAUAGAGAAUCGGUCACAGUGUGUGUAUGUAUCAUUGUGCGAUAGAGACUCGGUCACAGUGUGUGUAUGUAUCAUUGUGCGAUAGAGACUCGGUCACAGUGUGUGUAUGUAUCAUUGUGCGAUAGAGACUCGGUCACAGUGUGUGUGUAUCAUUGUGCGAUAGAGACUCGGUCACAGUGUGUGUGUGUAUCAUUGUGCGAUAGAGAAUCGGUCACAGUGUGUGUGUGUAUCAUUGUGCGAUAGAGAAUCGGUCACAGUGUGUGUGUGUAUCAUUGUGCGAUAGAGACUCGGUCACAGUGUGUGUAUGUAUCAUUGUGCGAUAGAGACUCGGUCACAGUGUGCGAUAGCGGCGGUGAGUGUCUGUACAGAGGAUGUCCUGUAUUAGAGACUCAGUCACUGUGUGUGAAGGGCUCAGAGAACAAGGACACCGCGGGAAGAGCAGCUCCAGCUCUCCUCUCACACUGGGAGAUACUCCAACCUCUUAAACAAACCUUAACAUAUGAGCUGUAUGUCUGGCCAGCCAUCAUUUAUCUCUUAUAUUAAGAGCAACUUAUGCCAUUUUGUUAGUUACAAAUGGAGCUUUCGUUUGACAUCAAAUAUUUGUAUAUGACCCAUAAUUUAAUCUGUUCUAAAAUCUAGAAAAAUUAAGGAAUUUUUAUGUUUUUCCAAGUUCAGCGUGGAAUUAUGUGUAGGUUUUUUUUUUUUUUUUGCGCCUCAAAAUCCUGUCCAAAUGCAGUGUUUUGUUUUUUGCACAAACCCUGCCCUUUUACUGUUUGUCAUCCUUAUAUUUUUUUUUUUAUUGCAAGAAAACACCCAUCAAAACCCUUAAGAGUGGAGGCAGUUGUCUAAGUUCUGAACUAAAGCAAAACCUAGAAAUUGCAAUGUACACUACAGCUUAAUGUAGUUGUUCUGGUGAGUAUAAUUAGUCCCUGGAGGCAUUUUCAUGUAAACACUGCCUUUUCAUUAACCCUUGCGGCGGCAUAGAACGUCGUAACGGCUUUGAGCCCUGGAGCGCCCGGUAUACUUACCUUACCAGUGCUCCGCUUCAGGAGGACAGCCCAGCCCAGGCAGCCCUCCCCCGGCAAUUGAGGCCCCACUGAGGGCCAUGUGAUCGCCCCCUAUAGCUGACUGUGGAUCUGCCAGCAGGGGGGACUGUCUGAAAUGUCAGUCCCCCUGCUGGUGGGAGCUGUAAAAAAAAAUAAAAAUAAAAUAAAAAAUUAAACAUGUUUAAAAAAAAAAAAAAUUAUAUAUGAGAUAUAGAGAUAAAUACAUAUAAUUACAUUAGUAUACACGUAGAAUUUAAGUACCUAUAAAUGCAUAUAUAUUAAAAUUGUACAUGUAUAUUUAAUCUUUUAACAUAAUUAUGUGAUUUGAUUAAUUAAAAUUUGAUUGAUAUGCCUGACAACACAGGGAGAAAGUGCGGAGAAUUUAAUUCGCAAGCACUAUAUUUGACCCUGUAACUCUCCAAGACACCAUAAAACCUGUACAUAGGGAGUACUGUUUUACUCAGGAGACUUCGCUGAACUCAAAUAUUAGUGUUUCAAACUGGUAAAUUGUAUUACAACUAGUGAUGUCCCGAACGCUGAUUGGCUGGAAUGUAUAUGUUGACUGUGAGGUACAGGGUCAAAGUUUACUCAAUGAUGAGUCCGUGGCGAACAGUUUGGGACAUCACUAAUUACAACGAUGAUAUUUUAAGUAAAAGUGACGUUUUUUGCAUUUUUUACAAACGAACGGCACUUUUAUGGACUAUAUUAUUGUUGUAAUAUGUUUUACUGUUUUAAAACACUAAUAUUUGUGUUUAGUGAAGUCUCCCGAGAAUAACCGUACCCCCCCAUGUACAGGUUUUAUGGUGUUUUGGAAAUUUAGAGAAUCACUUAUAAGGCUUGCAUUUCAUUUUUUUUGACAUUGAAAUUUGCCAGAUUGGUUAUGUUACCUUUGAGAGCGUAUGGUAGCCAGGAAUAAGAAUUACCCCCAUGAUGGCAUACCAUUUGCAAAAAUAGACAACCCAAGGUAUUGCAAGUGGGGUAUGUCCACUCUUUCUUAGUAGCCACUUAGUCACAAACACUAGCCAAAUAUUAUUUUUUUGCUUUUUUUCACACAAAAAGAAAUAUGAACGCUAACUUUGGCCAGUGUUUGUGACUAAGUGGCUACUAAAAAAGACUAAACAUACCCCACUUUCAAUACCUUGGAUUGUCUACUUUUUCAAAAGGUAUGCCAUUAUGGGGGUAAUUCUCAUUCCUAGGCUACCACACCGUCUCAAAGGUAACAUUACUAAUCUGGCAAAUUUCAAUUUGAAAAUGGAACGUUCUAUAUUUGACCCUUUAACUUUCCAAACCACCAUAAAACCUGUUAAUGGGGGGUACUGUUGUACUCGUGAGACAUCGCUGAUUAUAAAUAUGUGCAUUUUUUUGCAGUAAAACCUCACAGUUAAAAUGUCAGACGGAAAUACAAAUUUUAAAAAAUAUAUUUUCUCACAUUUUAUUACAUUUUAUUCAUAAUAAAUUAUGUUCCAUAUAUGAAUAGUUAAUGAUAAAUUGUUUCUCCUGAACAAAACGAUAUAUAAUAAGUGUGUGUGUACUUAAUGUGACAGCGGGGAAUUACGGUUGAACAGACAUAUAGCGCAAAUUCCAGUUUUUGUUUACGUUUUGUUUUGAUCAGAACGUGCACUAUUGACUCCGUCCUGAAGGGGUUAAAAAGGCAGUGUUUACAUUGUCCCCUGUGGGUCGCCUCCAGUGGCCACUCAGAUGGCCACUGGAGGUGUUUCAUGGGCAGUGCUGCACUACUGUUCAGCGCCUCCACGCUCUGCAUUGGCACGCUGAAUUUUCCACAGAGUUGCAUUGAUUCAGUGAUUGGCCAAGCCGGCAUUUGGCCCUGUCCCGUCUCUUUGACUAUGUCAGCCAAUCCAAUGCUUUCCCUAUAGGAAAGGAUUGGAUAGAAUCCUAAAUUCUGAUGGUCAGCAAGGAGGGCAGGCGAGCGCCGGCAUAUUUGGCUAUAGACCUAUUUAAAGAUCUGUAUGCACUACUCCGUUUUAGUACUGCAUACAACUCCCCUGUCAGUCUGGGGUCACGGAGUGUGGCCCCAGAUGAGAGAUGGCAGCCAUAGGUUUGUAUCGAUAAACGCAUCUCCUGGUGUGAGCAGGGACUUGCCCCUGCUUAAAAAGCACUGUUGUCGUUGGGAAUUUAAUCCCCAUUUAAAGAGCUGUGUUCACCGCUCAAUUUGAGCCCUGCUUACAGCUGAUCUCUCGGUCUGGGGCUACUUAAAAUGGCUGAGGGGAGCUUCAAGUAUCGAUUGAUACCUUGGACUCCCUAGAGUGAGCAGGGAUUUAAUCCUACUCAAAGAAAACAUUACAAAGUGUCAAUUCAUCCUAAAUGGGUUUAUGCCUAGUAUAGUUGUGACGUAAUUGCAUGUCCUUACGUUGUGAGAGUAUUAAGCAAAGCCUUUUGUCAUCGCUUUGGCAGCAUUUUUGUCUCUAAAUUACUUCUUUAAAGUGGCACUUUGUCUCAGUAUUUUUCCUAGGUCCCCCAUUUGGUAUAAUAGCCUGCACUUGUGGGGCAAUCCCUAUACUCUGCCCAUCAGAUGUUCUUUCACAUACAUGUGAAAGAACAUUUUUCAUCAUAUGAAACAAGUUAAAGGGUAUUUUUCAGUGUUUUAUUGCACAUACUUGGGCACUUAACGGAGAAGGAUUUAGGAUAACAAUGUAAGUAGCAAAGUUCAGUGACAUACUGGUCUUUUUGUUGAAGUGAUAGUAGUCUAGUACAAGAUUAGACCAAAGACUAAUGGAGCCUACAUAAUCACACAAAAAUGAUUAAGAUUAGUUUUGACACCAUUUAAAGAUUAUACAUCAAUUUGAUGUAUUCUGUAGCCACCGUACUGAGGCUUUACCCCAUUACUAUGUUACAAUUGUAUGUAGAGUUUUGAUUUUAGCAUUGUGUUUUAUAGCAUCAUAAUAUGGCAUUAAAAAUUGAUGCAUUGUAUGGUUUUAAAUGAUCUAAUUUUGUUUUUCAGACACCUGCAGCUGUAAAUAAAAUAAAGCAGUUACUCCACGAUAAACCUGAUAACGUAAGUAGAAAACAAUCAACUUGAGACUUUUAUCUAAAUUUACUAAAUGUGACUGAUCUUUGUUUUGGAAUUCGAGAUCAUGAGGUAAUGGGGAAGGAAAUCAGUGACAUGUCAUUAUUUCUCUUCCUUCUUAGUGACCCCUCUUCCUCCUAAUAUUACUAGCUCUUCUCAAAUCACAAUCCCUCCUCAUGUUAUUUCCUAUCUAGUGGGAGGGAACAAGUGACAUGGGUAGGGGAAAGGGUGUAACAUACACCCCCUGUAUUCUAACACAUACUGACCGUUCACCUACCUAGAUAUCACUGCAUGCACCUACAAUACCCCUCUGUACCUGUAUACCACUGCAUUCACACAUGCACACACAAUAGCCCUCUACAAAGAAACACUGAUAAAUUCACUCACUCCUCUCCAUGCAAAUACACUAAUUUAUUUUGCAUACUAACCUUUUGCACAUAUGAGAGGUUAUGUCUCAGGACAACAGCCACUCGAGGUCCUUCUGCAGCUAUAACAAAGUUAACAUCAAUUAUUGAUCAAACAACUCUUAUUUAGUUUAUUUGACUGGCGCAGCGUGGCAUUAUGCUGCUGAUGCACACUAACCUCCACAUGCUUCAUUACGGAAAAGCUUUGGAUGAGAUCAUCAACAUUGAUUUGAGGCCGAGUGGCCGAGAGAUGUUCAGUAAGUGAAACUUACCUUUUAAAACCCAUGCAAGGUGGGUGGACACCUAUAUGGGUAGGGUAACAUUAUAGUGAUAGGAAUAUGUUUGUCGUCCUACCGCUGUAGUGUUGCUUUAAGCCGAAUGGCAAACCUAGCCAAUCUGUGAGUAUCGUUUAUUUGGAGAAUAGUUCAGCUAUUAACUAAAUUUGCCAUUGGUAUUACUAACCUCCAAGUUCUGCCAUUUGUAGGUUGAUAAAUUAUGCUGUGGACAAAACAUGAAAACCAAAUGAAAGAAACACUAUAGUCACCCAGACCACUUAAUCUCAGUGAUGUGGUCUCGGUACAGUGUUCCUGUCUUCUUAAUAAUAAAUAUUCCCUAGAGGAACCAAAGUAUUGGAAUGACACUCCUGUAUAGAGUUGGAAAGCAAUUAAAUUAAGUCCCACAAUUAAUAAAUGUGCAGAAUUAAAGUGUGGUGAAAGAAGUAUAAGAUACUACAUAAGACUAUAUCACAGCAAUUCCAAUUGCUUAAUUAUGAAGAAUUCCUUUAUUAUUGCUUGGAUUGCAUGCUAUGUCUACUAAAUGUUAAAAAGUAGAGACGGAGAGAGUGGGGAAAAGCGUAUAAUAGAGGAACAGCACUGAAAAAGGAGGAUCAAAAAAUCCUCAGAGGCACUUAUGUAGAAAUUUACGGGUAAAUACUCCCUAGGCUGUCUCAUAGUAACUUCAGCUCGAAAUCCAUAAUAAGGUCUAAAGAAUAUGUAUCUGCUGAUAGGGGCUCAGGAUAACCCUUGUGUGCAGGCUUGAAAAGUGACUAUUCUCGGGACAUCUAAUCUUAGUCUCCACUAGGACUUACUAUUAAAAAUAAAUAAAGUCCCAGAGUUGCUGAUUUGUAUCUGUGCAACCCGUAGGAGCCCUGCUAUUGGUUACAGUUAACACACUACUUACAACAGAGUUGAACUUGUCUCUUUACAGCCUGUGGAACUAGGGUAACAGAUAUCACAGAGCAGCUCUGCUAUCAAUAGUGGUUAGUACGCUACUUGUAACAAAGUAGCAAAGUUAUCUCUAUCCUGCCGUCUCUCAGCAUCCCGUUAGAGCCCUGGUGUAAGUAACACUAAUCAAUCAGUGACGUAAUGCUUAAGAUUCCCUAUACAGACUGUCUAAUACAGGGUAUUGGGGUAGACCGGUUCCAAUUCACUUUAAACUACCUAUACACAGACUUAGAAACUGCCUGCUAAGUUUUAGAAGAAAGUUCUACAAAAUAACAUAGCACAAGACUGAUUCGAAGCCACCUCUCAAUACUUCCCCACUCAAACUGUUAAACUAACAUAAACCAUGAAACUCUAAAAUCCCAUCACCUAAAAGCCCUUUAACUGAGUGAAAAAAAGAAAAUAAGCGCCUUCAUACUUCUUUCACCACACUUUAAUUCUGCACAUUUAUUAAUUGUGGGACUUGAAUUGAUUGUUUUCCAAUUCUAUACAGGAGUGUCAUUCAAAUACUUUGGUUCCCCUAGGGAACUAUUAUUAUUAUUAUUAUUAUUAUUAUUAUUAUUAUUAUUUUAUUCUACAGACAGGGUUAGGCCAUUUUAAUUGGAAGACACUUAUACAAGGACCUUACUUUAUGUGCUCUUUUUUUCCUGUCUUCUUAACCUGCCAUGUAAAACAUUGCAUUUUUUGAGAAACUGCAAUGUUUAUAUUGCAGGGCUAAGUCCACCUCUACUGGCAGUCAGGCGCAUCUGCGUGACUUGACGCGGAAGCUCCAUAGGAAAUCACUACUUUGCUAUGAGGAUGUUUGAAUGCGUGUUAGGCGCAUGCUCAUUAGGUCCUCAAUGCUCCUCUAUGAGGAACAUUGGAUUGAACCAUACUGGAGGAGGCCAUGCCUACUCUGUGAUAUUGUAGGAGGCAGAGAGGUAAGUAGCACAUUUUCCACCGGGGGGAAAAAAGAUGUAAACCCUUCCCUGCCCCCUGAAAAAAAAAUAGUAUUUCAUGAAGAUAGAAUAAAUAUAAAAUACUUAUAUUGACUGUGUUGAGAUUUCACUAAAAUUCCAACCCUAUCAAGAGAUCUACUGAGAUAGAGUAGGGACUUUUUUUUUUUUUUUCUGUAUAUUUCCUACACCUGACACUUUUAGGCACUGGGCGGAGCUACUACCGUCUAGAAGUGUCAAUAAUCUCCACCCCCCACCCAGCCUUCACCAGUGACUGCAUUAAGGAAGUGACUUUAUCUAUGGAGGAUCCCGCAGGAUGCUCUAUAUACCCUAAUGCUGUACUCUCGAACAUGCUUAAGAGGACCCGCUGGGUGAAGAUGGCAGGGCCCUUGAUGGACAGGUUCAGGUAAGUAAAUCCCACAUGUGCCGGCCAACGGACCCCAAGCGAGGUUCACAAUUGGGGGUCUUUGCCAAGGUGCCCAGACUGUGACAAAGCCGCUUCUAGUUUUUAACAUUUUUAUUUGGAUGAGUGGGGGCUGGAAAAGAGAAAAGAGUAAGGACAGGUAAACUAUAGCUUUAGGAUUAGUUUAAAGCUUGUGCACAUUUUCCAUGGCACGUAAGUUUUAGGCCUGACUUGUAAUUUUGAUCCUGUUUUAUAUUUUGUAUUUUAAAAUAACUAAAGCUUAAUGGCAUUCAAUAGACACCAAGAAAAAAAACUAUAGCUUAAAGGAACACUAGUGUAUUAUAGUCCUGUCGGGCAGGGGUGCUGCUGACUCUCAUUGUUUACUCCCCAUUGACGCCAAUCAUCCCUAUUCACUAAACUGUCUUUCUCAAGCAAAUUUAGUUAAUCAAGAGUCUCACUGAUUGAUUUAGAGGAUCAGCUGACUGCUCUCACCCAAUUGGCAGCGCCUCUACCCGGCAGCAAUCUGUGCUUUCUGAACCUGAAAAUUCUGAAGCCAGAUAUUGCCUGGGAGGAAUGGACAUAAUCCCUGGAGGCAACUUUGGGGUUAAACCAUUCUUGAACAGUUUAACUACUUGAGUUUUGAGUGCCUUCUGGCACCAUAACAACUUUAUUUAGACAUAAAUUGUUUAGAUGCGUGUAUUAUCUUCUAAGUCGUUCAUCACGCACUUGUGUAUCUUUGUGUUUUUGAUUUAAAAAUAAAGUGUUUCUCAAAGGCAUAUUUUGCACAAAAUAUUUUUAUUUAUCUUGCUCUUUAUUGAAUUCAAAUUAUUUUAAAAGUAAUUGCUAUGUUUAAUAUAUAUCUUUUGCUAAAUCCUUUAGAAAGAGAUUCUCUUUGGUGUGUAACCUUGAUUAUGUUUUCAUUUGUACUGCCUCUUUUUGACAGCAUGGUUUAAAGGUAGCCGUUCGCACAAGGGGUUGCAAUGGUUUGUCAUACUACUUAGAAUAUGCAAAGUCCAAGGGACCUUCUGAUGAAGAAGUGGUACAAGAUGGUAAGUUGUCUGUAUAUAAUGUUUUGUUCCCUGUUUCCCCGUAUUAAAAAAUAUGAGAAGGGGGGGGCGGGGAAUAGCUUGGCACUUUUUGGAUAUGCCCCAAUGACUAUGCAUAAUAAAGGACCACUACAGAUUGCUGAAUUGCUUUAUGGGUAAGGAAUAUUCUGUUUCCAUUCCAGUUUUCUAUAAGAAAUCUGCACUUUAAUAAUUAAACUAUGAAACACCCCCUGGAUGUCAACCAGGUGUUUUGCUCGGAUUAGUUAUUCUAAUAAUCCAUUGCUCUGUGAUAAUUUGUCUUACAAUGUUUUGAUUUACUUAGCUGGCUUUAGCUGUGUAUUGUGGCCACUGUAUCUAGGAGCAAUAUAUAUAUAUUUUAUGUCUACUAAAGUAUUGUUUUUAAUUUAUUUUUAUUUUUUAAGGUACAACAGUUUUUUCUAUUAUUGAAGGGAUCACUUAUCAUUUUUUUUAUUUUUUUUUUAUUUUUAUUUUUAUUUAUUUUUUUUACUUUCAAUAGCUCUCUCCUGGCAUUAUUUCUUGAAAAGAGUCGUUUGAGAUCAGUUCAAAUUCUUACCUGUGAUCUUCCCGGCUAUAAAAAAUUUUUCAAUCACUACAAAAAAAAGGAAUGAAAACUAAAAAUUUAUAACAAAUGGUGAACUAAAGUGAAUAAUUAUCAUCAAUAAUAAGCUUUCCAAAAACACAGCGCAUUUCAACUAACAGGUUUUCAUCAUAGUAUCCAGUCCCAAUAACCAUAUUUAAGUCCGUCCCUUCCUCCAGGUGUUCAAAGCCAUUAUUAGAGGCUAUCUCAUUUAAACUUAAAAAUCUAAUUAAAAGGGAAAGAGGCGCAUCUAUAACGGAGUUAUAUAUAACAUUUGAUAGAUUAUCUAAAAUCAGUCUUAAAAAAAUAAAUCAGUUGACUAAUAAAAACUUGAGACAAUUUCAAGAGGUACAACAAAAUGAAUGUUUUAGCAACAGAAAAAAUAAGAUUGAAAUAUUAUAAACACAAUAACUUUUCUAAAUGGUUAACAGACAAGAAAUUAGUAGUUGCGCAGUUGAUGUACAAAUAAAAUGACUCCAGAGAUUAUAGGAAAUGUUUUUCAUAAAUAUUAUAAACAACUUUUAUAAUUUGUAUUAACAAUAUUGAUAUCCCCAAACAUAAUCCAGAGCAAAACAACUUGAUAAAAGGGACACUAUAGUCACCAGAGCAACUACAGUUUAUUGAAUUUGUUCUGGUAAGUAUAAUCAGUUCCUUCAGGCUUUUUGCAGUAAACGCUGUCUUUUCAGAGAAAAUGUAGUGUUUACUCCUUAGGUGGCUGUUAGAGAUCCUUCCUGGGUCAUGGCUGCCUAAAAUGCAUCCAAACAUUCAGUGUCUCCUCCCUCUGCAUGCAGACACUGAACUUUCCUCAUAUAGAUGUACUGAUUCAAUUCAUCUCUGAGGAGAUGCUGAUUGGCCAGGGCUGUUUUUGAAUUGUGCUGGCUCUGCCCUUAAUCUGCCUCCUUGUCUGUCUCCUAUGGGGAAGCAUUGUGAUUGGAUCAGGCCACCACUUCUGAUGUCAGCAGACAGCUUGUUUUGUUGAGGCAAACAGCAUGCUGAGCUACAGCUUCAGGCUUGAAUACAAGUAAGAUUUUGCUUAAUUUAGGGAGGCAUGAUGGACCCAGGGGGGCUAGAUGGUGGCUUCAAUACUAUAUAGGGUCAUACAUGUUUGUGUUCCUGAUCCUAUAGUAAAGCUGUAGAUAAAGUUAUAUUAAAGGAACACUAAAGUCCAUUUUUGCUAAACAGUCUAAUUCAUCAGCAGCUGGUCCAGAUGGCUUUACCAAUAGAUUUUAUAAAAUCUAUAAGAACUAAUUAUCUUAACGUCUAAUUCAUGUGAUGAGAAAGUUAAUCAUGGAAAUGGGCUGAAUAUACUGCCAGUAUUAAAAUAAGAUUUAAAAAAAAUAAUCUGUGGAUAUUAAAAAUGACCAUCCAGUCUCAUUAAAUGUUGAUUCAAAGCUAUUCUUGGCAAUAUUGGCAGAGAGAUUGAAAAAGAUCUUACCAGAUCUGAUACACGCCAUUCAAAUCGGUUUUGUCCAAGGCAGAUGGGCCUGCUUUCAUUUUAGAUGUUUGACUUUUAAGUCCAGUGAUAGAUCGGAUACGCCCCUUCUGUCCCUGUCAUUUGACAAAAAAAAGUUUGACAGGGUCAGUGUGGGAUCUAUGUUCAAAACAAUGGAAGCUUUCAGAUUUAAGGAAUGCAUCAUAAGGUCAAUCAAAUCCUUUUUUAUAUCAAAAUUCCUCAGCUUCAGUGGUGGGAACAGAUUUGUGCUCUGAUUGGUUUAAUUUGGGAGGCGGUAUCCAUCAAGGAUAACCACUUUUGCCCCUCCUUUGUAUGUUAACGAUGGAAACACUCUUAAUCAAAAUAAGAACUAAUCCCAAUAGGAAAAAAGCAGUUAUGUUUAUAUGCAGAUGAUACUUUAAUAACUAUAACUGACCCUGUUAUUUCCUAAAGUGCAUGAGGUCACUAAAAAAAAAAAUUCAUUUAAGGUUGGCAAAGUUAAAAAGGAAUUUAAUUAUUUAUGUAUUUUAUUUUCUAAAGAUAGAGAUAAUAGUAGAAGCUAACUUCCUAAAGAUUUUAGGAACAGCCAUUUUAACCUUAAAGUGGGGUCACAAUAAGAGGUUGUAUUACGAAUAGAUUGACAGAUUUUUAUUUUUUAUAUAUAUAUAUAUAUAUAUAUAUAUAUAUAUAUAUAUAAAUUUAUUUUUAGAGUCAGUACAGAUAAUCUGUGAACAUUUAGGCCGAUAGCCGAUAACUUACCGAUAUCCUUUUACCAUCUUGAAAAAACUAACAAUUUCUACACAAAUCUGUUUACUGAACAUGUUUGUUUAAUAUUAUUAUUUUUUUUAGCAAAUCUUGAAUCGUUUUUAAGAAGUGUUUAAAUUAAGAAAAUAGAUGUAUGUCAGAUUAUUUUGUUUUCAAGAAUAUUUAGUGUACAUCUCCCUAUCCCUUAGUGUGUGUCCGGUGUGCCUCAUUUUGUCUUGUACAGCGGUCAGCCAUGCUACAGGAGCUUCAGUUUUCUGUACCCGGCCUGACUGACAGGAAGUUCACUCUCAGUGAAGCUCCAGUACCGCGGUCCUCUCUGCUCCACGCUACCACUGAGUGACUGGUGCGGGAGGGGGGAGAGCACUGUGCACUUCCUGCCGGUCACUCGAUUCUUGCACUCCCAGAGCCAGUGCGGGUAGUGCCUAAAUCGAGGACUGGGAUGGAUACCACUACUCUAUCAUUUACAUCUAACUAAAAAUGCACUGGAAAUGGAAGACUGGCUUAGAGUAGAAACAGAAUAUUUAGCUAAGGGAGAUUUAAUUAGAUCUAUAUGGCACAUUGGGUACAAAACUUCUAUAGCGUAGACGCAAAAUAAGAUUUUAAUCCAUAUUUUUCAAUAUGGCAUAAAAUUAAGAAGAAACUUAAUUGCAUUGAUAAAAUAUAUGGUUUUCUGGAGUUGGACGUUUUAGUGUUCCUUAUUGAAAAUCUAUUGUUCACCAGCUGGAAAAAUAGAAAUAUUAAUAAAGAUAUUCUGAACAAAAAAAGAAACAUUUGUGUCGCUGGCAAAGUAUUUUGCUCUAACAAACUCAGAAUUAUGUACAUAUUGAAGGAUUAAAUCCUAUAUAAUGAUUUUUAUUUAUGAGGGAUCUAGGGGUGUAUUUGUUCGCCGGGUCAAGACAGUCUAUAUCGUCUUGUAUUAACAAUUCCCAGAUAAAACAUAGUUGUAAUUAAAAGAUGGGAGAAUUAACUGACUGUUAACAUUAGUUGUACUGAAUUGUGCAAGGCAUUAAUAGACGUAAAUAAGAGGAUUCAUAAUUUAUCUCAAUGUUGAAUAUUUUUAAAUGUAGCCAACGGGUGGUAUUUUUAUUUCCCACAAGAGUGUUCAAGAUUGUUUAAAAUCAUGGAUAAAUAGUGGUUGGCCGGAUAGUAGCUAUCCAAAAAUCUGAGGGAACAGAUAAGGGGAUAACCCUAAAGAAAUUGGUAAUAAAAAGGAGAGAAGGAAAAAAAAUCUGUCCCUAAUUUAGAAAUGGGGUAUAUAUCAAAGCGGGUAAAGGCUAAUAGUGCUUUAAAAAUCUUCAUUGGCCAAUGCUAGGAAUCAAUUGUAUCUCACUAUUUAUUGGUUUAUGGCAGUUAAAAAUUUACUAGCUAGAAAUUGAAAACAAUCCCAUGACCUAACAUGUGCGUAUUGGAAUGCUCAAUUUAUUAUCCAAUUAAAAAUGGAGAAUGGGAUUAGCUUGAUUAAUAACUCCUCGUAUAAGACUAAAUUUGUACUGGAGAUGUGUCCGUUCCAGCUCCCCAAUAUUGUGCCACUUUUGGGCACAGGCUAGGCAUGUAGACUCGUGUACUUGCUAUUUGGGCCUAGCCUAGGCAGUAGAAGUCAAUAAAUUGUCUGGUUCAUAUAAAAUUAUAAAUAUUUUACUUACAGUAAGCGGUUAUAACAGAAUACUGUAUUUUAAUAUAUUAUAUCAGAAUUGUAAACAUAAAUUAAACCUUAGCGUGUGGUUUACUUUUUUGCUGAUAGAUGGCACUUUAGGUCUCUCCAGCCACUCAGCUACAUUUUACACAAAUGAUUCUAUACCUCAGGCAGUAACGUCCUCUAGUUCUCCCCAAAUGAGUUCAUAAAGUGUAAAUAAUGACUCCUAAGUGUACUCAGUUGAGUGGUAACCUUGAUGGUGAACAAUCCAGAAAUUCGAUUGAAAAUGAAAGCAGUAAAAGAAGGGCUUUUAAUUUGCUGUGAUAUAUACUUGUAGAACGUCUCGUUCAUUCCCAAAAAUAUUUUGUCAAAAAUGUAUGUAUAAUUGGUGCAGCUUAAAAGUAGUUUGAAAUAAAUUAAUUUGUCCUGAUUGCUGAGUACCUUAUGUCUAGGAUUUAAGUUUAUUUUUGGUAAUCACAGGUUGCAAAAUACAAGGAGUAAAAUAACAUUUCAAUGUAGAUUCUAGAAUUUGUAUUCGGAAUUUAAAAACCAUCACAUACAACAAAAUUGUCACACAAAAGUAUAUAUUAAAGGGACACUCCAGGCACCCAGACCACUUGUGCCCAUUGGAGUGGUCUGGGUGCCAACUCCCACUACUCUUAACCCUGCAAGUGUAAUUAUUGCAGUUUUUUUUAACUCCACUUUUUAUAGGGUUAACUCCAUCUCUAGUGGCUGUCUACUAGACGGCACUUCCUGGUUUCUAGCACAAGACUUCCUGUGCUAGAGCAUUGCUGGACGUCCUCACACUGUGUGAGGACCUCCGGCGUCGCUCAUUUCACCAGAGGAUAGCAUUGAAAUGCAAAUGCGGGAUCAGUCUCGCCCACCGGCCGACGCAAUCAGAGGGAGGAGCGGCAGGGAGGAAGAAGCAGCGACGUGGGACAUCGUCGCUGCCUCAGGUAAGUUACUGAAGGGGUUUUCACACCUUCAGCAACCGGGGAUUCGGUGGUGAGAGGGAGAGGGGACCUGCAGUGCCAGGAAAACGGAUUGUUUUCCUGGCACUAGAGUUUCCCUUUAAUAUAAAGCGGACAUCACUACUGUGUAUUUGCUGCAGGCCAUUUUGCCACAUUUUUACAAGACCCUUAAAUGCCAAUCUCUGCUAAAUAUUGUCAUUUUAUUUAUUUUAUUUUUCACUUACAUGCAUAUAACAGUGUUUUUGUCUAUUUUGUAAACCUGAUAUGUGCUAACCAAAUUGUAUUCAUCUCCAUGUUCUCAAUACAAUACCCAAAUGUAUGCUUUUUGUCACUUGCCAUCAUCCUGUGCAGUUUCAGUGCCAUACAAAAGACGUGAUGAUUUCAGUUAGAAAUUUUUACUAGAUGGAUUUCAUGGGCUUGUGUUUCAAUUUGGGACAUUCUAGCUAGAUAUGCACACACAGGCCAAGCGUUUGUGAAAGUAGACACUACAGGGUAUCUCUUUGUGUGUGUGUGUGUGUGUGUGUGUGUGUGUAUUGUGCCUUUUAAGAAACCCUGACUUCAGAUAACUGUGAUUUGAUAGGCCUAUGUCUCCUUUCGGGGCACUAUAGCCAUAUGACUGUUCAAAUUACUGCAUAAAUGCAUAACAUGUUUGAAAGUAGACACCAUAAGGGUAUGUAAAAUGGUAUUAUUUUAUUAUAUGUACAUUGCAAUUUAUCAGUUUUUGUACACUUGAAUUGUGCUACUGUAAAAAAACAAAUCAGUUGUGCUCUGCUUUAUCUCCUGAGUACAGAAUGACCUCCUUCAUAUACCCUUGUCAAGUUUUUGUGAAAAUAGUUUAUAAUCUGUCCAUUGCAGCUUUUCCUAAAAAUGGCAAACUGAAGAUGAGUCUAUGGUGCAUUAUUGAGCAUUUCAGUAGCUCAUACAUUUAAAUGACUCUAUUUUGCAAAUGUGAACACUAUAGGGAUUAUCACGUGAUAUAUUUUGCGCUUUAUUAAAAUGCCUUUUUUUUUAUUUUAUUUUUCUACCAAACUCUCCAAGUUUGUAUUAAAUUAUUUUUUGUUUUUUAUAUUCUUGUGUGUAACUGUACUCUGUAACACCUCGUGAGUACAUUUUUUUUUUUUUUUUUUGUAACUGUCUCAUUUUACUAAUUUAUACAGUAAAUGAGAAAAGUACCAAAUGUUGGAGGAACAAUAGGUUGUUGAUGACAAAAACACUAUAGGAAAGGCAGCAUGGGGAAUGCAGCCAAGUGAUAGGGUGGGAAAGUAGCAGAAUUGGAAGGUCAAGUGUGGUCCUUUUAAGAGAGAGACAUACUUGUAAAAUUAGUUAUCCUGUGUAGAUCACUGCUGAAAUCUUCUCGAGCUGAAAGAAAGUGUUGUCCACUGGUUAUAGCCCAUUCCCCCAGUAAAUGGACAACAGUUCUGGGAGUCAACUGAGGUUUAUUAGGUCACACUUGGCUUUUUAUUCACAGACCCCCCCCAGCAUGGGGUCUCCAUUGGAAAAAGUAAAAGUCCCUCCCAGGUGUCUGUGCCUGGGAGAUAAUGGAGUCAAUAGAAGACUAACUCAAUUAUCUCUGUUACAGGAAAACUAAUACAAAAACAUACAAAAUGCCUCAACCAUAUCAAAAUAUUACAGGAACGCCACAAAUCUUACACCCCCCGAAUAGUCUGGAUUUGAGAGCCCAAGUUUUUCAAAUAGCGCUCAGAUCCGUUCGGUAGAAUGGAAUCGCCAUCCAAGUAAAGUUUGGUUGAUUUGUUGUUGGUUUGUUUGUUUGUUUGUUUGUUUUUGGACGGACGGCCGGCCGGCCACAAGGUGAUAGCUCAGAAUAGUUCCACAAGAAAAGGGUCGGCGGCCGGUCUACUUUCGAGGGUUUCUAUACGAACACAGACGAACGCUCCCCCUGGCUUUUAGGGAGGGAAUGCUCCCCCUGUUCGGUAGUUCCUAUCGCCCGAAUGCCGUUCUCCUAACUCAUCUGUGAGAGGAACAAGCAGCGUUAAAGGUUUCUCCGGAGUUCGCAGGCUCACGUAGUCGUCUGAAUUUCAGACACUCGACAGUUAUGUACCGCUGCCUGUUUCUGGGAGACAAAAUGGCAGCCAGUCAUUAGCGCACGUGUUUGGUUAUACGAAUGACGGCCACACAGGCAAAGCACUGUUUGUUUGAAGUUGUUAACGAGCCAGGGGUGGUCUGUGUUCGAAGGGUAUAAAAGGGUGGACCACACAUGUUCCAUUCGGUCCACGAACAUGGGUGUACAGAUAAAUUUGGGAAACUUGAGAAUAGGUACAGGCAAAAGAAGGGAAUAGUACAAGGUCUGCCACAUCCUGCAAGACCAUAAGCUAUUCUGAACAGAUGGGUUUUGAGGGACAUCUUAAAUGAUUGAAGGGAUGAAUCUGAUGGGAGUAGGCAGGCUGUUCCAAAAGGCGUGAGUGAGCAGCGGCCAGGAGAAGAUCACGGCAGAGCGGAGCAACCAAGAAAGGGCAGAUCUAUGAAUUUGAAUUUAUUCUUACAGGAUAUAGACAACCAAUGUAAGGUUCGCCAGAGGAGUGAGGUGUGAGAGGAGCGAGGUGUGAGAGGAGCGACGAGAGAGAAAUAAUAGCCUGGCUACUCAGCAGUGACUACAGACUAGUACGGUUUCUAGGGAGGUCUAUAAUCAAUGCAAGAAAUUAGUAGAGAACAAGCUCCUUGGCCCCAUCUGUCAUAAGACGGGGUGAGUGCAGGCAACGUUUUUAAGGUGGAAUUGUUCGCAUUUCGCAACAGACUUGGUGUAAUGGUGAGGCCAGAAUUAAAGAUAACCCCAAGACAAUGAGCUUGCAAGGAUGAGCUGAUGCUUGUACCAUCAACUUGCAGGGAGAGCGAAAGAGGAGGAUUAGUGAUAUGAGGAAGAAAAAUAAAAAGCUGUUUUAGAGAGAUUGUUUCACAAAGCUGGUGGAUGUCAGAGAUGGAAGGGAGGUAACCGGUGAUUCAUUCUUUAACAGCGGUGGAGAUUACAGGUGGUAGCAGAAUCCAAAGGAAUUAAUAAGUUUGCCAAGAGAGGCAGUAUAAACAGAAAACAAAGUGGGACAAGGAACCGAUACGUGGGGGGGUUCCAACUGAACCUGGACAAGUGGAGGGGUGUUAUGAGAAAAGGGUGCCCUGAAUGAACGUUAGAAAAGAUAGGAGAACCAAGAGAGGAUAGUGUCACAGAGGCCUAGAGAUUGAAUAGUUUGAAGAUAAUGAUCAACAGUGUCAAAGCCUGCAGAGCUGUUUAGAAGAAUUAGUAUGGCGUAGUGACCUUUGGAUUUAGCCACGGUUAAGUUGUUGGUUACUUUAAGCAGAGAAGUCUCUGUAGAAUGGUGGGACAGAAGCCAGAUUGAAGAGGGUUUUAAAAAGCAUUGGAAUUGAGAGAGAAUUCCAGAUUGGCAAAGGCAAGUCGUUCUAGGGAGCAGAGAGAUAUGGGAUGGUAGAAGAGAAAGAUUGUUUUGUGGGGGGUGGUUUUAGGAUUUUUUUUUUAAUUUUUAUUAUAUUCUAUUAUAUUAAUCCCUGUGAGACUCAAAGCACUUUACACGUAUACAAACAUAAAGGCACAUGCAUUAGGAGUUUCUGAAGGCCAGCUGUGUGGACUGAAUGCCUGAUGGAAGAGGUGGGUCUUUAGGUUUUUUUGGUUUUUUUAAUAUAUAUAUUCUGUAAGGACGGUGCCUCUCUGAUUGCACACGGUGAAGAGUUUCAGAAGGUAGGGGCAGCGUGGCUGAAUGCCCUGAAACCUGAGCCUUUCUUUAUUCUUGGCACCGACAGGAAGGAUUUACUGGCUGACCAAAGUGAACGGGAUGGAAUGUAGGGUGUCAGGAGCUCUUUCAGGUACUGUGGGCCUUGAUUGUUUAAGGCUUUGCAGGUUAGCAGGCCAAUGCAGGGAGUGGAGAACAGGUAUUAUGUAGCAUGAGCAAGUUUGAGUGGUCUGUAGUCUAUCUGCUACAUUUUGUACAGUCUCGCGAUUGAGUUCUUUUUCUCAGAGGCCCAAGUAAAGUACUUUGCAGUAAUCUAGCCGAGAGGAUACAAAUGCAUGGAUUAAUGUUGGCAUAUCAUCCGGUGCAAUUAAGUGUUUUAUGUUUUGCAGAUGAAAGUAGGCAGAUUUUAUUACAUUGGAAAUCUGCUGUUUAAAUGAUAGUCCAGAGUCAAUCAACACUUUGAGGUUUCGUACCAUUGAUGAACUGAUGAGUUCAGAGCCUCCAAGCUCCGUUUUGUUUCCUAGGGUGCCCUCACCAAGAGUAACCCUGUUUUUUCCGGGUUAACUUUAAGUCAACUAGCAUUCAUCCAUUCCAUGAGGUCUGCUAAGCGACGGUUGAUGCGGCAUAUUGGGUCUGUGGUAUCUGGAGCAAAGGAGAAGUAGUUGUUUGUCAUCAGCGCAACAAUGAUACCUUGGGCCAUGUCGCCCAUGGUAACAAGUAAAUUGCGAAUAGCAUGGGAGACAAGAUGGAUCCUUGUGGAACUCUGCAGGCCAGUUCUGUUGGUGCUGAUGAGCUUGAUCUUGUUACUCUCUGUGAUCUACCAGUGGGGAAAGAUUUAAAUCAGUUAAGGACUGUGCCUCCCAGACCACAGAUGUGCUGCAAGCGAUCUAUUAAAAUCAAUGGUGUAAAAUGCAGCUGAGAGAUCCAAGAAGAUUAGGGUGGAGUAAUCACCUUUGUCUCUCGCCAUAAGGAGAUAAUUUAGCACUCAGACUAGCGCGGGUUCAGUGCUGUGGCGGCAUCUGAAAUCUGACUGGAAAGGAUCAAAGAUGUUCAAGCUUGAUAGAUGGGCCUCCAGUUGAGUUGCCACUGGUUGGAUACCAGUCUGGUUGGAUACCAGUCUGGUUGGAUACCAGUCUGUAAUUAGCCAUGCAGUCUGGGUCUAAUAAAGGUUUCUUUAGGAGUAGUUUUAGCACAGCUUCUUUUAGAGGAUCGGGGAAGUCUCCAGUUUUUAGUGAACACAGCACUAUUUUUGUGAGGUCUGGGGCGAGUGUUCCAAUGCAUGCAGAUGUAAGCUGUGUUGGAGCAGGGUCUAAGUCACAUUUAGUAGGGUGUAACUUUUGCAUGGUUCUUAGAACUCCCUUUAUAUCCACUUUUGUAAAAGUGGACCAUAAACUGGUGCAAUCUGGCAUUCCAUUGCUUAUGGUGUGUGUGACGGACCCGCUGGCACUCCGACCGAGUACCUCCGCCAAUCGAUGCUCCUAGUGCUUGCCAAGGACUUCAAGCACUCCAACCGACACCAUCAGCACUGCAGACUUAUCCCAUCCCCCAAGCAUGAGCCAAGGCUUCAAGAAAGGGUCAAGCAGGUCUGUUUAAUGAGCACACAAAGCAACAGCACUCAUGCAGCAAAACAACUCCUCCUCAGAGGAAAACAAAAUGACAGUUAUGAGGGUCAGACAGAGUUUGAAAAUAUGACAGUUUGUGACAUUUUCUGUGGGUGAAAGUGGCGACUAUUUGUGUGCAGCUGAGUGCAUCCAUCAAGCUGAGGCGAUCCUGCCCAAGCAGGGAUAGGGUGUCAUCAAUCCAAGUGUUGAAAUCUCCCAAUAUAAGCCAUCUGGGGUGUUCAACGAUUAAGCCAGCCAAAAGGUCUGAGAGUUCCUGAAGAAAUCUAUUUCCAUCUCUUGGGGAUCUGUAGGCCCCGCAUUUUCAUCUAGCCAUGAUUCUGUAAUGCACGCAAAUUCGCAUGUUUCAGUAAGGUCGGCAAUAAUAGCUGUUUUGUUUCUUAUUGAUCUGGAAUUGCACAGGAUUGAUCUGAUAGGACAGUUUUGGAAUUCUGAGUUUUUGCUCUGUACUUUUGGAAACAGUGUGUCUUGUAAUGGGGAUCACAAAAAGAGGUUUCCUUUAUUUGAUAGUUCGGUUUUUGUGGCUUCUAGGUUGAGUCACUUGGGUUUGGUAGAGCUGGUGGUGGAGCAGCUGUGAUAUUGUCAGGAGAUUGAACUUUAAGUUUUGAUUUUCCUCCACGACAGCCCCUGUCAGUCCUUUUUGAAGAUGCCUAUUGAUUUUAGGGUGCCCACUAGCAAGGAAUUGAUUGCACGAUUGCUUUGUGGGAUCUUAGGGAAUACAGAUAUGAGGGGUUAUAGGUGAUAAUUCCCUCAGCAGUGAAGGAGUUAAAAUUGCUUCUAGUUUUUGUAGGGAUGUUAGCAGUGGAGCUGGUUACAUUGCCCUGCUCUAUAGGAUUCAGGCCAGAGUGAGGUGUGAGAUUUUGCACUUCAGGCUGCAUUGUAGAUAACAGAUGAGGGAGCAUGCAUGCAGGUCAGAUUAGUUUUAGUGAACGUUUUUGUUAAUUAGUUUUCUUGGUGUUUAGAAAUGAAAUCUGAGCAUUACUGAAUGGAUGAUCAAAUCCAAAACUCAAUUUACACAUGGAGGUGAGUCUUUUUUUUUUAGUUUAAAUGUACUUUGUUUGUGGUGUCCAGCUGAAUGCAACUCUUCCUGGUAGUAAGAUGGUACAGUGGAAGUCUAUUUCAAUCCAUUGUGUAUCUUAGUUUAGUAAUUCCAUCCGUUCAACUUUGGUAAGUCCAGUUGUGUGAUAUGUGGAGUUGAUACUGGUCCUUGAAAUAUUUGUGAUGAAUUAUGAGUGUAAGGAAGUUUAAAAUUAAGCUGAUUCCUGGUGAGGUCAGGGGUGCCUGAAAUAGUAUUCAGUACCAGGAUGUGUAUGACCUUAACACCUUUUAAGGGGGGGAGCGGGCAUAAUGCCAGAAGAAAACAGUACAAGAUAUGCGUUAAGGAUGACACAAGACGAGAUCUAAUAAGGUGAUAUGGAAUGGGAUCGUGCAGGCCAGUGGUGAGGUAAGAUAAAAAUUGUAUCCUCCUGUUCAGUAACUGUGGAGGCCUAAAGUGUAGAGGCAUUGUCCAUGUGUAGUUGAGAGAAGCGAGGUGGGAGAAUUAACUGGUUUAUCCUGUCUGUAAAAUCGCAUUUAAAGCUACUAAAUGUACUCAGAUGACAAAGGGGAGCCCAGAUGGUAUAAGCAAAGGGAGCACCCUCUUCUUCCCUUCUCCAUUACUAUGUGAAGUUACACUACGAAUCAUAAUGUCGCAGGAUAGCAGCAUGGCUGCUGUCAGGAGUUACAGCACACGAUCACCACUACACCACCAUAGUAAGUGUGUGUGUGUGUGUGUGUGUGUUUUACUGGCGGUGUAUACGUAUGUGUCUGGCAGUGUAUUUUGAUGUCUGAGUGUUUUAUGUCUGACAUUGUGUCCUUGUUUGUAUCUGUGUGGAAGCAGUGAAUAUUUGUUUCUGUUCUGGCAGUUGUAAGUUGUAUCAGUGAGUGUCUGUAAUAUUUGUGUUUGCAUGUAUUAGUACAUGUAAUCCAAAGAAGCAACGUGGCUGCAAUGAGGGUGAUAUGGUAUGGGCAACGUCAUGGCCAUAUGUGACAACAUAUAUUAUAGUUAUACAGUACAUUGUGGCAAACGUGCCAAUGUCCCAAGCUCCUGGAGGAGUCUGCUAGCUAGUCUCCUGCCAUGGAUUAUGGGCCGUAUCCAAAGACACUGUUUGGGAGUUAACCCUGUCCAGCCAAGAUUAGCAACUUUCCCUGGGUGCCCCGGUUCUGCACUUUCCCUUUAUUCAAAUGAAACUGAACACUAGAUCUCUGGCGCUCGUUGCAUGAAGAAACCCACGAAUUGUCCUCAGCAGUACUUGGCCGCGAUCAUUAUGGAACAAAAGUCAGCAUGAGAACUUUGUGGGUCUCCGGUCACCUCACCAGGAAUUAGCUGCAAAUUUUAUGGAACUGUUUUCGGCAUGAGGUGAUCGAGCGGUUCACGGACAACUUGGUGCAGGAUUUUGAACAACUUUGCACCCCUUAGGAGAGUGCAUUUUGGAGGGAAGGUGCCUGAGAUUAAGGGGCACAAAUGCUACUUAAGAGCCAGCCGGAGUACCCUUUAUUUCGGAUGCAGGAGCUUCAGAAAGUGGUCCGGACUUUAACACGGUGGCGUUUCCCUACACAGCAUGGAUCUGAGCACUCAGAUCAGGGCUAUUUGGGGAUGUAUUAUUUGUAGAGAUAUUAUGUAUUUUUAUGUUUGCCUCUGUUUCUGGGAGAUAAUUAGCUUACCGGUCUUUAAUGCAAUUCUCUCCCAGGCACACAUUUAUGGCAGGGACUUGUCUUGCAUUGAAUGGAGACCCCAUGCUGGGGGCUGUGUAUAAAAGCAGGCAACCUGGCCAUGAUAAAUCAGUUCCUUUUCAUCCUUCACUCAGUCUCGACUAGUGUUUGGGUGUACCAGCUACACCGCUAUAUUCUUUGCAGGAGAGCUUUAAUCACUAGAAGCUGGAUCCAGGACCCAGUUCCAGGGUGGGAAGCAACAGCGAGACCCUGGCCAAGCUGCAGCAGCGAGGGGCUGGAACGCUGAUUGGUGUCCUGGUAAUGGCUAGGGAGCGUGCUUGACGUAAAUACCCAGUCGGGUUACCAGGCGGUCCGCCACAUACCUAUAUAUUGUUUUACAACCGUUAUUUAUUUUCCUUUAAAUGGUUUGGUAGUUAAUGAAAGGACAAACAUGAUGGAAUAAUUUAGUCGUUGGUCCUUAAAGGGACACUCCACUGCCCAAAUACAAAAAACGUUGAUUAGAUUUUCCCCAUUGAAAACGUGCAUGCAUUUAAUUCAUUUUUUCAUUGGAAGUAUAGCUAAAAACAGCCUGCAAAAGCUGCUGAUCUGUCUGCUGCCUUUGCAAGCCCUCCUCUUCUUCCAGUCCAGACUUUGUGGCUUUCUAAUGACAGACUUCCCAAUACAGCUCAAUGAGAAGUCUUUCCAAGGCAGGUGCUCUGGGCAGUUGCCUGUCUGAGUUUAGCUCCACUAAAUUAAACAAACCAGAAAGUAACCGGACAAGGUAUCUGCUUUGUAAGCCAGGGGAUCUAACAAGGUGAUUUAUAAAAGUGCCAGAUUCUCUAGGGAAAAUCAUGAAUCAGGCUCAGCCACCAAUAUCUAUACUGUGUUACUCUUGUUAUAUUGUUUAUUAGACCCAUUAGGUGCAUCAAAGGAGAAUACUGCAGGAUUCUUAUGGAGGGGGUGUUUCAUGUGGUUUUUGAUUAACAUAAUAUUGAGGAUUUAAAUGAUUUAAUCUUAGUUGUAUUUUGUGUAUAUGCCUUCUCAAUGCAUUUUUAAAUUUGUUUAUUUAUGUAAAUACUAUAUUAACAAAGCAAUAUGUGGUAUGACUUCUAAACCACCUAUAAAAUGUCAUCCAUCAGUCUAAUCUUCUGAUAUUUUAAUUUUAUUUUUUUCCCCCAUAACAGGAGUGAAAGUAUUCAUUGAGAAGAAAGCACAGCUCACUCUCUUAGGAACUGAAAUGGACUAUGUAGAAGAUAAACUUUCAAGCGAGUUUGUUUUUAAUAACCCAAACAUUAAAGGAACUUGUGGAUGUGGUGAAAGCUUCAAUAUUUGACACAAUGCUGCCUUUGUUCAACUUAAUGAACAGUACUCUUCAUCGUAAUGUUUAAUUGUAAUGCACGUUGUCAGAUCAUCGGUCUUCAUAAAAUGUAGCUUACUUGAUUUCAUUUAAUAAGACUUGAGUGUGUUUUAUGAACAAAACUCUAUUAAUUGUUCCUGUCGUACCUACAACUUUGGCAAGCAGCAUCAGUAACUGAACAUUAAGUUUUCAGAUCUGUAACUUAACAGGAAUCUAUCCUAAAAGAGAACAUGUGUUUAUUGUACCUCUGUUUAAAGAUAGAACAUAUUUUACAUAAUGCAGUGUAAAAUGAAGUAUGCAUAGACACUUCUUUAGGUUUCAUUAACCAGGACGUUUGUCUGAAUUAUGAGGAAUGUUUCAUAAGGAAUUCAAAGAGAAAUCAAAUAGACCUUGAAUUGGUUGCCCUUGUGUUUGCAUUACUUUAUAUAAUCUUUCUUUAAAUAAAGUAUUGAAAAAGAAAAUCCACAGCCUAAUGGAGAAAUUGUUGCAAGGAUACAACAAUUAGAACAUUAACAUUUCGAGCGACUAUAAAGCUAUAAAACUCAUUUUAUGGUAGAUCACUGUUAUUGAUAGAACAGAAAUUGAAAUUCUUUUGGGAGCAAUAUUUUUUUGCAUCCUAGAAAAAUUAUAUACAUUCAGUGUAUUCUGAACUCACAGGUCGUUCUACGCAUCUGGUUUCUCUACACAACGGGGUCUGAAAAAAAACAUUACCUUGAGGGGCUUUGUCUUGGGACAGUGUGCUUCAAGCCAGCAUGUAUGCGUGAUUUAUAUACUCAAAGACCAGGUUUUUGGGGGUUUUUUUGGUUGUUUUUUUCCUUCAAAUAUGCUUAUCUGCCUUGCCUACUAAAUUGGUUAUCCAUUUAUAAUCAUAGAAAGAAUGUGAUAGAUCAACACUGUAUAGUAUUUAAUAGGAUCCCUAAUGUGUACAACAUUUAUGUAUGUUUAAAACAAAAAAAAACUUUAAAAUAAAGAGCAUAUUUUGAAAGUGUAUAUGCUCUUAGUGAAGUGAGGAGAAACAAACAUACAUUACUAGGCACGGGUUCAAUUUAUAUUUGGUGAUUUUAUGAAAUCUCCAUCCUUUUAACCUUUCUGCUAAUACCAAGGGACACGCAGCACAAGGGGUUGUAGUGGUUGCAGGCAGCCAGUGCUGUCACCCAGUUCUGUGUCAAACCAUUUUGUGAGCAGUUUGAUUUUAAUACCAGGUCCACAGGCACCUAAGACCCAGUCCCUCUCUGACUGAAUUGCACUCUUCCAUGUUGGCAAUAUCAUUUUUGUCCAUGUUGACCGCAGAAAAAGACUGAGCUUAUCAUCUGACAAUUCCUCAAUGCUAUCCAAAUAUUGGUAAAAAGUAACAUUGCUAAGUGUAAUGUCUGAACCUCUGAUGGACUGGCCACGUGGGUUUUGGGGGACAACACUGUUUUGUGUCAGUCCGCUUACACAACUGGGAAAUGGUGCGUGACACCAGUUUCUUACUACCACAAUAACCUCUAAAAUAAACUAUAGUGCUUAGACUGACCCUUUUAAAGCGGGAUACUGUUACAUCCAAAGACUUUUUAAUGGUAUGCUAUUUAUUCCCCUAUGUUUUCACAUGUAUUGUGUGAGCUUUAAAACUUGGCUCGUUUCUAUUAUCAAACUCUACACCUUUUUUUUGUCAUUUUCAUAUAGUAUGUGGUGGUAGAGUAACAAUAUUUUUGUUUCUUAUCUUCCUAAAGCAUAGAGGGUUCUGACUGUCGUCUCUAAAUUGUGACAUCAGUUGCUAAAUCUUCAAUAUACACUUUAAAAGAAAACAAAUUAUGUGGGUGAUUUUCAGGGUUAUUCAUUGGUAUACAUUCCUGAAAAGUGAUUGUUCCCCUUAAAAUUAAUUUUGGAUUUUUUUUUUUCUAUAUUCUUCUUACAACAAACUUUGAUUCCUUUAUUAACCCACUCAAAAAAUGUUUCCCAGGCAAUUGACAGAAAUAAAUCUUACCGAUGUGGGAGCUGCAUUACACUUUCUUUGUCCAUUUUGUGUAAUAAAUUGCCUUUUUCCUUAGAUUUGAUUUUUACUUAUAUGUUUUUCCAUUGAUUUAGAAAUGAAUUAAAUAUUCAGCAUUUUUAUAUAUAUAUAUCAGUCAGUGCAGUUCCUGUUCUUCAUUUUGCUACAAUACUACAGGAUGUUUGAAUACGUUCAUUAUAAAUGGCUAACCGAUAUAGAUUAGAACUUAUUUAGAAAAUGUUACGUAUAUGUACACUGCAGUAGAUAUGGCAAUGAUGAUUAUGCUUGACCCUCAAUACAUCCUAUGUGCUUGCUCAAUACAGUUCAAAUACUCCCAACAGCACUGUACUAAAAGCUUACAUUGUUACACGAUAAGGUACAACUAUGUAAGAAUCCAUGUUGCCUUAAUACAUUUUAUAGUAAAUGUGGUAAAAUCAGUUAAGAAAAAAAAUAGUAAUGAAACUGGUGUGACCAACUAAAAAUAAUGAUGAUGUAAAACGAACAGUGUAAAAAAAUCGAACACUUCUAAUACUUCAGUAGCGUGUAUUGUGUAAUUCUGUUGCUUUCUAAUCCUUUAGAACUAUUAUUUUCCUUCCAGUUAAAAUGACAAUACUUGGUAUUCAUUUCAUUUUCUUUGCCCUCUCAAACAUUGCACCAUAGAGCUACCUGUUUGCUGUUUUUUUGUUUGUUUUUUAUUAUUAUUUAUCAUGGGACAUGGUUUGUAAAUGUUUUAAGCGUUAUCUUUUGGUUGCAUAAAUUAAGUUGGCAUUGAUAUCCCUUUCUCUUGAAGGAGAUUUUUUUUUUGUUUUUUGAAAACGCACAAGUUGGUGUCGAACUUGAAUUGGGAUGUAAAUGUAUCAUUAUAUAACUUUUGGUUUGAAAAAUAAAUGUUGGUGGCACAAUA